AUGUGUAUUUUUGGGGUUGAGCUCCUAACACCCUGUAAAAAUAACGUAAAUCAAUACCAAAACUCUCUGUUUUGCCUCCUUCACCAUGAGAAGGCUUGGGACGCCGUGGAGGAUGGAAGGACUCACAUUCACCUAUACGAAGUCACGGAUACUUGGGUGAUCAACCUUGUUGACAAUGGUGAGUAUUUUGACUUUGAUUUCGAUACUGAAUUUGUCGAACCAGAGGUAAACCACGACACUACCCUAGUAUUCACUACAGAUUUGAUAUUUGAUAGCAAAGAAAUGGUGAUUGAAUUGACAAGGAGGACUAGGCAUUCUAAUGGAGUGAUGGAUUAUUUUGGAUGUGAGAGGAGCGGUACAUACAAAUGGAAAAAAGACAAUGGAAAGGGCAAGCGGGUUGUCAAGAGAAGGAAGUCUUCAUCAAAGAAAUGUAAUAGUCGAUUUAGGUUGCAAGCGCAAAUGGUUGACACGACAACAAAGAAAUGGGCAUUGCAUGUCCAGAAUGACCAUAACAACCAUGAAUUAAUGAAGUUAGCUGAAGGGCACAACUUUGUUGGGAGGUUGACUGAAGAAGAGAAGGUUAUUGUUGAAAGACUUGGGAAGACUGAAGUCAGGACCAGAGAAAUCUUUCAUCAAAUCAAAUUGAAUGACACUAUAAAUGCUUCAGCCAUGAGGACAAUUUGCAAUGUCAGAAGUACUUCGAAGAUCAAGGAGAUGGCUGGUAGGACACAUAUGCAGCAACUGUUUAAACUGUUAAUAGAACUUGGAUAUGUCACGAAGUAUCGUAGCAAGCCUACGACGAAUGUUGUGCAGGAUUUAUUAUGGGCAUACUCUCCUUCUAUUCAAGUGGUCAAGGCUUUUCUAUAUGUUUAUAUGCUUCAUUGUACUUAUAAGACUAACAAGUAUCGACUGUCUUUGCUUGAGAUUGUUGGAGUGACCUCUACAAAUAAGACAUAG